AUGGGAACCUGCAAGACAAGGCCAAUCCCUGAGCCUACCAGCACUUGGAACCCAAUCGUUUUGGCGAACAACGUCCCAACCUCCAGUGUGUACAAACAAACAACACCAGCCGUCAUGAUUAGGGGCCCGGUCAUAAGCCACACGCCCCAGUGGACCUUUGGCAUCGACGUGUUGGAGACGAUGGUGAAGAUGGACACGCCGAGAAUGAGCGGAAUGGUGCGGUACCCGCUAUCCGCGGCAGAAACGCUAAACCCCACCAGCAAUCCAACCGUGGCCGGUCGCGACCACACCCCCAACCUCACUCCCCAGCUGCAUAGCCAGCAAGAAACAAGUCGACGCCCCCAUAACCACCACCAAACCCAACAAAUCCAGCUGAAGGAACUUCUCCCAGAGAGCCACCCCCUCCGGCGGGGCCGCCGCAGCAGGCGUCUCCAACACCAACGCGACCAACCCCGCCGCAAGCGCACCCAACGGCAAAUUCACCCAAAAACACCACCGCCACGACAGGUGCUCGGUAAACACGCCACCCAGCAACGGCCCCAGGACACUCGCACAACCAAACGUGACCCCCAACACCGCCAUACACGCGGGCGCCCUCUCGGGCGGCGCCACCAGCGCAAUGAUGGUAAACGAGCCCGUGAUGAUGCCCGCCCCCCCCACGCCGCUGACGGCGCGGCCCGCGAUGAGCGCGGCGCUGGAGGGGGCGGCGCCGGCCAGCGCGUUGCCGGCUUCGAAGAUGAGGAUCGCGGCGAGGAAGGCGAGCUUCAGGUCGAAGUGGCGGAAGGCUUUGCCCCAGGCGGAUUGGAAGGGGGCGGUGGUCAGGAAGAAGGCGCUGCCGUACCAGGUGACGUGGUUGAGGCUGUGGAAGGUGGUGGUGAUGGCCGGGAUGGCGUUGGUGAGGAUGGUGAGGUCGAUGGCGAAGAGGAAGAUGCUGAGGAUGAGGGAGGCGAGGAGGGCGAGGAGUUUGGGGGUGGGGAGGGGGGGGGUUGA